AUGGGUAGUAAAAACGACUCACGAUUAGUUAUUAAUAUGUAUGCAAGCAUGGUCAUCCUCUUAAGUAGCAGACAAAUUGAUGUUUUACUCAAUUCUGGUCUCGACGAACAGUUAUCGGUAGACGAAAUUAUUCAGAAGUUAAGUCAAUUUUUUUUCAAUUCAAUAUUGAAUCAUCUUACCCAUCGAUUUUUUGCUUUAAAAUUUUUUCCUCGAGUCAAUCCAAUUCUACAACAAUGGAGUAAUAAUGAUCGAACAAUGUUGAAUAAAAAUGAUUCAACAACACUACGUCAUACAAGCAAUUUAAUAUUGCAAAUGUCGGACUCGAUGAACAAUCAACUUGAGAAUAAUAAAGCUUUGCUUGAUACAAUUAAAAUAUGCUUGAAUAAUAUUUUAUCAUUUGGUUACUACAUUAUGAAAUCGAACCAAGAAGAAGACUUCAAUCUAGCUUCAUUCGAUUGCCUAGUAGAAGCUUAUGGAAAUAUCAAAUGUAGAGCUCUUGUUGAGGCAAUAUCACGUUGUGCCACAUCAAGAUUUUUCGAAGAUGCUCUUUUUGGUAUACGUGAUCUUCCACUGAAUAAUACAGAACAUUUUCUACUCGUCAUAUGUCUUGAUUAUGUUCUCAAAUGCGAUGAAGAAAAUGGAAAGCAUGCUCACUUCAUAUUUGAUUAA